GGCGCAAGUGCUGCGCGCGAGUAAUUUUUUGUUGUUGCAGCCACUCCUAGUGCGGUUGGGUUGCCAUGAGUUUGCCUUUUAACCCAAAGCCCUUCCUAAACGGGCUAACCGAGAAGCCAGUGAUGGUGAAGCUGAAGUGGGGGAUGGAAUACAAAGGCUACCUCGUCUCUGUCGAUGGCUAUAUGAACAUGCAGCUUGCAAAUACUGAAGAACAUAUUGAUGGUGUAUUAUCUGGACAUCUUGGCAAAGUUCUGAUAAGGUGCAAUAAUGUCCUUUAUAUAAGGGGUGUGGAAGAAGAAGAAGAUGGAGAAAUGAGAGAAUAACAAGAAGAUGGAGAAAUAGGAGAAUGAGAGAGUGGAAAUGAGACAAUGGGAGAAAAAUCCUUUUUUUUUUUUUUUAGUGUUAAUAGAUUUUCAUAGUGGGUGGCAUCCAGACUAACCUUCCAUGAGCAGAAGUAGUCUUCAGGGAAGACUGAGUGGAAGUGGUCUUCUGCACACACACUGCU